AUGGAUAACUCCCUUACAACUAGGUCUCGCAAUAAAUUUUGGUUUGUUUUCUUCUUUUUGUUUGUUUCUUGGUACUUAUUGCUUUAUGGAAUUGAUUGGUCUUCUCUACCUGGUAUUGUAACAACGUCACGAUACGAAGCGAAUUCAAUUGAAUCCUUUCGUCCAACUUCUAUUCCUCCUCUUCAUCACGAAAAUGUUAAUGUGAGCUCCAAUUUCAAUUCUACAAGUAUCGAUAAUGCCACCACGAUUGAUGCUAUAAAGAACGAUACGCGAUCCAAGGAGGAAGAAUCGCCAUCUAAUGAAAGCGACAAUGUGGUGUUACCUGAUUUGGAGGAACUCGAAAAAGAAUUGGAGCCAUUAUUGAGAAAAAAUGAACCCCCUAAAGAAGAAAAAAAGGUUGAGAAAAUCGAAAAGGAGGACGAUAACAAGGGAGUAAAAGAAAAAUCGUGUGCAGGACGAUAUAUUUAUGUUGCAGAAAUACCUAGUAAGUUCAAUGACAAUAUGUUGAAGGAAUGUAAAUUGUUGAACAAAUGGGAAGAUAUGUGUCAAUACUUGGUGAACAUGGGUCUUGGCCCUGAUCUUGGAAACCCCCAACGAGUUUUUUCGAAUAAAGGUUGGUUUACGACGAAUCAAUUUUCGUUAGAAGUCCUGUUUCAUAACAGAAUGAAACAGUACGAUUGUCUAACGAAUGAUUCCUCGGAAGCAUCAGCAGUUUUCGUGCCAUACUAUGCUGGAUUCGACGUAGCGAGGUAUUUAUGGGACGAUUUCAGUACAUCAAUGAGAGAUGCAGGUUCAAUUGAAGUUGCGAAAUUUCUUAAAGAAAAACCCGAAUGGGAGACAAUGUGGGGGAGAGAUCAUUUCAUGAUUGCUGGGAGAAUUACUUGGGAUUUUAGGAGAGGUAUUGAGGAGGAUGCAGCUUGGGGGAACAAGUUAAUGUUGUUGCCUGAGGCACAGAACAUGACAAUCUUAACAAUCGAAUCGAGUCCUUGGAACAGAAAUGAUUUCGCGAUCCCAUACCCAACUUAUUUUCAUCCUUCAAGCGACAGUGAUGUAGUCCAGUGGCAAAACAGGAUGAGGAGGUUAAGGAGGAAGGUGUUGUUUUCGUUCGCGGGGGCUCCACGUCCCCAACUUGAGGAAUCAAUCAGAAGCGAGAUCAUGGAACAAUGCUCAGCCACGAGGCGAAAAUGCAAGCUCUUGGAGUGCAAGGACUUACACAACAAAUGCAAUAAGCCGGUACAUGUAAUGAGGCUGUUCCAAAGUUCAAUUUUUUGCUUACAACCCUCAGGGGAUUCGUUCACUAGGAGGUCUACUUUCGAUUCAAUUUUGGCUGGUUGUAUCCCGGUGUUUUUCACUCCUGGAUCCGCGUAUGUCCAAUAUAUAUGGCACUUACCAAAAGACUACACCAAGUAUUCGGUGCUUAUUCCGGAAGAUGAUGUUAGGAAAAAGAAAGUGACCAUUGAAAAUGUACUAUCUAAAAUACCAAAAUCACAAGUAGCAGCAAUGAGAGAGGAAGUGAUAAAGCUUAUACCAAAUGUGGUUUAUGCAGAUCCAAGAUCAAGAUUGGAGACAGUUAAAGAUGCAUUUGAUUUGGCAGUCAAAGGGGUUCUUGAAAGAGUGGAUGUAAUGAGAAAAGAAAUGAGACAAGGAAAGAAUUCUAGUAUGGUGUUUGAUGAAGAAUAUAGCUGGAAGUAUCAUACUAUUGGGACUUUAGAAAAGCAUGAGUGGGAUCAUUUCUUUUUGAGAACCACCAAAGAGAAGUACUAA